AUGAGAAAAUUAGCUAAAACGCAGGUUUUAGUCACUGACUUGGAUACUGAACGCUUUACUCAGGGCUGGCCCCGAGAACUCGAGCAAAAGCUCUUUAAGGAGCAAUUCCCGGAGGUUUCGCCUGAGUACUACACACCUCUACCAUUUUUGCAUAGAAUAAUUAUCAUCUUAAGGUCUGAUAUCGAUGCCAAUAAAGUGUACGAGUUUUUGCAACGACAGGUGAAGGAGGAUGCCUCGAUGAUGAAGUGCAAGGUUUUCUUGACAGAAUCCCUAAUAAGCAAGCCAAGAUCAAGAUCUUUCGAUGAUAAAGCUGCUGCCGCAUGCGCAGCACUCGCCCAAAGAAGGUCGGCCUCAUCUUUCGAUCUCAAAUCAGUUGGUGCAGGCAGUAGCUCCGGAUCUGCUGCUAAGCCUGUCCUAAAAGUUAACACAUCGUGCUCCUCUUCUGAUCUGGCGUCCUCGUCAUCAGCCUCGCUGUAUAACGAAAGAAGGAGGGACUCAAUUUCAAGUCCAUCAUCUUUAUCUCCCGAACAACCCCUAUCCCCUACAAAAGUUAAACUAAGAGACGAUCAAGAAGAAUACUUUUAUAUGGAGCCAGCCCCAGCUGUUUCAUCCCCAGUCGCUGAUGUCCAUUCGACAGAUUCUCAGCAUGAGGUGUUCCCCUUACAAAACCCUUCAAAAAAAGAUAUACUAAAGUCAAGAACCACGUUUUGUUCGAGCGGCAAUUCAGACCCCCGUUCACCAAGCAUCACUAUAACCACUAUGUUCUGA